CAAAAUUAUUUACCGUUGUAUGCAUGAAAUGUUGACCAUCAUCAAUCAAUAAUGACAAUCAAUCACAAACGCUGACGAAGAAUAAAACCAAGGUAUGGUUGAUUAACUAAACGCUCCAGAAUUGGUUAUUUGCUGUGAGUGGAUGAAUCUCUGAAGCCCGGCCAUCGCAAUGUCUGGUCAGAGACGCUCUCCGAGACUGAAGGCCAAAGUGUUCACACACCCGUGGGAGUCAGGCACUGCGAUCCUGCCAGACGAAAGCCUCAUUUCGAUCUUCUCCUUUCUACCAAUCAAGAGCAGGUGCCGAGCUGCAAGGGUUAGCAAAAGAUGGAACACUCUAAUGAAGGACAAGUCACUGUGGAAGAAUGUCAGCAUCACAGGCAACGUCAAAAACCGAAAUCUGAACAAGGUGCUUCUGUUUGUCCAGACCUACCUGUCGGAUAACUUGGAGACGCUAGUCCUCCACCACGUCAGCAACAAGAUCCUUCAGCAUCUCACCAAAAACUGCCCCAAGCUGGCGGCGCUCUCUCUGAAAGGCAAGGACCUGAAGACGACAGAUCUGGCCUUCCUGCCCCCGCACCUGAUGGAGCUGCGCCUGGUGUCGUACCAGUUUGCCGCCAACUGGUACUGCUCCCUGACGCAGGGCUUGCUCUACCAGAUCGAGAAGCUGGAGGUGUUCUGUCCCCACAUCACCAACAACACCCUCGGCCACCUGGCCACGCUGCGGACGCUGAAGUCGCUGCAGCUGGUGUCCUGCCGCAGCAGCGUGGUGGACGAGAGUGAGGGAACCUACACGGAGCGGGGCUUCUCCUGUCUGGUGGAGCAGCUGACGGAGCUCCGGGUGCUGCGCUUCCAGCAGUGCUCGCAACUCAGCGACACGGCCUUCUACCGGAUCGGCAGCAGCCUGACCAAACUGGAGGAGCUGACCUUGCACUGCUGCUGCAACAUCACCGACGUGGGGCUCAAGCACUUGAAGAACCUCCAGUCGCUGAAGAUCCUGGAUCUGGGCGGCGGGAGCCCGGUUUCCCCAGAGGCUCUGAUGGGUGUGGUCCAUGAGCUCAAGAGCCUCAGGGAGCUUUGGAUUUUCGACACGGAUUACAUCCGGCAGCAACAUAUUGAUGAAAUCAAGAUAAACGAGCCGCGACUAAUUGUCCAUGUCAAAGAUAGAUGGGACUCCUUGCAGUUCUAAAUUAUAGACCACAGUACCCCCCAAAAAUAAAAUAGUAUUAAGAGU